UGCGCUGAGGUCGUGAAAAAACCCAAGCUGGAAAAGCACUACUCAAUGUGCCACGCCUCCGUCACCUGUCUCGACUGCAACACGACUUUCGCCGGAAUCGCCCAGUUCAAAGCACACACAACCUGCAUCAGCGAGGCGGAGAAGUACCAAAAAGGCCUGUACAAAGGCCCCAAGGGCAAUGCUUCAACGGGUACGUAUCAGUCCUGGGGUGGCGGCGGCGGCUCCGGUGGCUGGGGCAGGGGCGCGCCCCGAGUUCAAGCGACUGGUGCUAACGUUACUCCCUUGGGCACGCCGUUGCGCAUGUCACCUGUAACGACUCCAGCUCCAGUUCCUAUUGAGGCCCCGUUGCCGAAGACGAAUGGUACGCACGCCGGUGCUAACGGCGACGCAUCGGACGGCGCAAAGGACGCGGCUGUAUCUGUGACUCCGGCGAAGGGAAAGGAGGACAAGAAGGACAAGAAAAAGGACAAAAAGCGGAAGGCUGGUGCGGUGGAUGGUGGAGGAUCAGCACAGGCGAGUAUCCGCGUGUCGUUGUGA